AUGGGCGCAGUCCUGGCGAUUCCAGCCCUGCUGCUCCCUUCGGCUGCGACCUUGUGGUCGGUGGGAGCGUCGUGCUGUGGUGCUGCAUCAUGCUCGAUGCUGUGCGGCCCUUGCGGCAUGUCCAAGUUUCGAUCCUCGAUCGCCACCAGAAUCGCAUAUGCCAUGAUUUUGCUGGUCAACAGCAUCAUUGCAUGGAUAAUGCUCACACCGUGGGCCAUCAAAAAGCUGGAACAUCUCACCCUGGACUAUAUGACCUUUAAGUGCGGCUCCUCCAAUUGUUACGGGUAUUUCGCCGUCCAGCGCAUCAACUUCGCCUUGGCACUCUUCCACCUGAUCCUCGCCAUCCUCCUGAUUGGCGUACGGAGCACAAAAGACACUCGGGCGGGUUUACAGAAUGGCUUCUGGGGUCCGAAAUUGCUGGCUUGGGUUGCGUUUGUCGUCGUAUCCUUCUUCAUCCCGGAAGGCUUCUUUCUCUUCUGGGGAAAUUACGUCGCCUACCUCGGAGCCAUGCUCUUCGUGCUCCUCGGUCUUAUUCUCCUGGUCGACCUUGCGCAUACCUGGGCAGAGCUAUGCCAGGACAAGAUUGAUGAAGGAGACGGCCCGAAUUAUCGCGUGUGGCAAGUUUUGCUUAUGGGGUCAAGCUUGGGCAUGUAUCUGGCUGCCUUUGCCAUGACCAUUGUCAUGUACAUCUUCUUCGCCAGCAGUGGGUGCAGCAUGAACAUAUCCGCCAUCACAAUCAACCUGAUUCUCCUUUUCGCCAUCACACUGCUCAGUGUUCAACCGACAAUUCAAGACGCCAACCCAAAGGCAGGCUUGGCCCAGUCGGCCAUGGUCGCGGUCUACUGCACGUACCUUACUUUCUCCGCCGUGGCAAUGGAGCCUGACGACAAGCAUUGCAACCCUUUGAUCCGGGCCCGAGGUGCACGCACAACCACUGUGGUGCUGGGUGCCAUUGUCACGAUGCUCACCAUCGCGUACACCACCACACGAGCGGCCACUCAAGGAUUUGCCAUGGGGAACAGCACCAAGAAGAACAGCUACGCUCAGCUCACGCAAGAUGAAUACGAGCAUGGCCUGGUCAGUCAGCAACCAGCUUCACGCCGAGAGAUUAUGCAGGCAGCCGUGGAGAGUGGAGCACUUCCGGCCUCGGCCCUGGACGACGAUUCGGACGAGGAGGAAGCGACCGAGGUCAGCUCCAAGGACGACGAACGUCAAGGGACCCAGUACAACUACACCUUGUUCCAUGUCAUCUUCCUCAUGGCCACUUGCUGGGUCGCAACACUGUUGACGCAGAAGAUGGACCCGGAGAGCUCAACUGACUUCACACCUGUCGGUCGGACGUACUGGGCCAGCUGGAUCAAAAUCAUCAGUGCAUGGGUGUGUUACGCCAUCUAUAGCUGGAGUUUGGUUGCACCGGUUGUGCUGGAGGGCCGAGACUUUUCUUAA